AUGUCUCCCACCUCCUCGGCGCAAGAUCGGACGAAUCGAUCAUCGACACCUAAGCGCCUGUGUCAUACAAGUACACAGGAGCUGCGGCCCCGCAGACUCGAUCGAGCGAAGCAGAGAUGA